AUGCACUUCUCCAAAGUUAUCAUUACCGGUCUCGCUGCCUCCACCGCUGUCUCUGCCACUCCAGUUGCUACUACUGAGUUGGCAAAGAGAGAUGUCGUUGAGACCCUCUUGACUGAUGUCACUGACCUUCUUGGUACUGUCGUCAAGGAUGUGACUGUCAUUUUGGCUGAUGCUGGUCUUAACGUGACCCAGAUCCUUGACCCAAUUCUUAAGCCUUUGGACUUGAAGAAGAGAGAGGAGCAGGAGCAGGUUGCUUUGCAGGCCAGAGACGUUUCUGCUGUUCUUAACGAUGUGGGUGACCUUGUUUCUGACAUCUUGAAGGAUGUUGGUAAGAUCACCACCGACGGUUUGGGAUUGAUUGGUCUUUAA